GCCUCGGCUGAUUUGCGCGUUUGAUCAUGGAAGUUUUCUAACUUUAUUUUUUGUUGUUGAAAAGUGUCCUAAACUACUUUACAACAUCGUUGACAGCUUAGAGUUCCAUUUUCCGACUUAUAAUGUAAACAAAAAAGACCCGGUCUAAUUUCAAAUUUAAAACAUUGAUUGGAUAAAUCCACGUUUUUAUACUUUGACAAAUGAACAGGAGAGGAUGAGUGGAGAAUUCGCACCGCGACAAAUAGUGACCUUCCUACCAGACAUCAACAACCUGGACAAACGCUCACCUGCCCAAGAGAGGAGCAGUCCAUGGUCCAGGAUGCAGAAAAAGGGGAAAGAAACUGAAACAGCUCAACCUGCAACAAGCCAGACCCCAACUGUUUCCAAGGAUCAAAUCGCACUGUUCCGUAACAGCGUGAGACAGAACGCCUGUGUAGAGAUGCUGCGUGGAGGGUUCCACAGGUCGUUCUCUGAGCUGUUCUCGCUGCUGCAGCGCUGGAAGGAGAUGAGGUUAGCAGCAGGUCCUGGAUCAGCUAUCUGGCAGCAUAAAUCACCGGAGGAGCAGCCAGCCAAACUACACACACUACAACACUACCUGACUAAGGCUGAGACGGCUCUCAGAGCAGGUGCGUGGAGUGCUGUGUACGACCAGCAGGUGUUUUUGGCCCAGUACUUCAGAGAGCCAGAGGACAGGUGGCUGUCCUGUCACUUCUACCAGACCAGCCUGACCUCAGCCCGCAGGGUCAAGAUAGAUGGAGGGAGGAAGGAGGCUGAGGCUUUAGCUAACAUGGGACAAGUCUACAUGGAUCAAGGUCAGUUGGACAGUGCCAGGGAGCAGUAUGAGUGCUUCUACCAGCUGACAGCAGGGCGGGCAUGGAGCGGUGAGGGGGGCAGGUCUCUCCACAGCCAGGCCUGUGAGGGUCUCUGGAGGGUGUACACCCAGCUGGCAGACAGACCACUACAGGCCAACGACUACAGAGCUGCUAUAGACACGCUGAGCAAGGCCUUCCAGAUGGCUAAGGAAGCUGGAGACCAUAGGAUCGAGGGGGAGGCGGCCUACCGUGUGGGACUGGCCUAUCAGUGUGUAGGCGACCAGGUGACAGCCAAGCGCUUCCUGAACAUGUACAUGGAGAUGUCUACAGCUCUGGGGGACGCAGGGGGACUGGGGAAGGCAUAUAAAGCCAUCGCCAAGUCACUGGAGAGUGAGGGGAAGCUGAGUGAGACGGUCCAGUAUCUGGAGAAGUUUGCAGAGGUUUCCCAGGGCAACAACCAAUACCACAACCUGGAGGAAGCAUGCAUGUGUCUAGGAGUCAUCUUCAACUCUAGAGGUCAGUACGAAAGAGGCUGUACGUACUUCGAACGGGGGUACGAGAUCGCCCGUGACCUGGAGGAGGUCACCCUGCUCCAGAGGGCUCAGGUGUUUGUGGGUAGUGCCCGUGCCUACAGUAUGAUCAGGAAGUACAGUCGUUCCGUUGAGACGGCAUCACACAGUGACCUGCUACACCUGACAGGCUGGAAGGAGUGCAGGGAGAACGUUUUCACUGAUACAGCAGGAUCUGCCGCAGCCGCAGAGGGGAAGAUAUGAGGAGGAGGAGGAGGAGGAAGAGGAGGACCAGAGAAGAAGAUGGAAGUGCAUAUUCUUAUCACCGUGUUGAUAAUAAAACAUAAAACUCUGGUCAUA